GGGCGGGUUGGCGGGGCGACGGGUUAGAUCGAUGGGUGAGCGACGAGCGUGGAUGGCGAGUCGGUCAUUUGAUGUUUUUUACCCUUGGUGAGCUCCGCAGCGGCGACUGAAAUCGCGCAUUGUGUGCCGCCACUUGUCAGACAGGUGACCUUACAACGAAUCUCGGAACUGCGGCUUUCUGUUCAACCGGUAGUUUCCAGGGGUCAUAGCACACCUGAGUUUGACUCCAGACGGAACUGCGGUAAUCGCCGCGGCAAAAUCUGGUCGUGGGCAAUCUGCGUUGACCAGCGCGGAGUCCGUUUGCAGUCAACGAGAGGUGAGGUAGUCAACAGAAUCGCGAAGUCGCUGGUCGCAAUCGCCGGUGGCGAGGGAGGAAGACCUAGCUCACCUAGCGCGAGCUGUGCCGACGUCACUUGUUGGCCAACUUGGCCCGGAGAGGGAGGAAAGGGCGGGAGGAGGAGUUUGGCGGCGGCGGGAGGAGCGAGGUUUUGGCGGGAAAGUUUGGUAGAGCGCGGGAAACUGUCAGGGAGAGAGUACUCGUCGGCGGUCAGGAUGCAGACACAGCGCCCCCGGCUGGGGGAGGAGGAGAUGCGAGCUCUGGAGGAAGGGCGGUUGCCUGAAGAGCUGGCGGCGGUAGCUGAGUCCGUGAGAGCAUCGGAAGGGCAACAGCCAGCUGACGUGCCACCGCCUAUAAAGGGGGUGGCAGAAGCUGGAGGGGGUAUGAGCAAGGAAGAGGGGCGCCCGCAGCGCGCCGAGCCUGUGGUGAAGGUGGUGAGUGAGCAGGCGCCGACCGGAGGCGGCGGGGAGGAGGAGGAGGAGGAGCAGCAGGAGACCGGCUCGUCCGCUGAAGAGGAGGUCUCAGAGGAGGAGGAGGUGUGGGAGCGCGAGACCAGCCCUACUCCCAUUCUUGACGCAGCUGCCGGGAGGCCAAGUGCUCUCACUCCUGCGUCUGCUGCUGCCGAAGCUGGAGGAUCGGUUCUGUCAGGUCCAGUCCCUUUGGUAGGGGAAAGUCUGCCCGGCCUACGCCACACAGUUUGGGACCAGCAGAACUUGGUAGUGAGGUAUCCACCUCUGAAGGAGAACGUAACGGCUGACGUGUGCGUCGUUGGGGCGGGAAUCAACGGUCUCAGCGUUGCCUAUUACCUCCAACGCUAUGGCAAGAAGGUGGUGCUUCUCGAGUCUCGAGUGAGAGGUGCAGGGCAAACAGGGCGAACCACUGCACAUCUGAUGGUGUGGAAUGACGACUACUAUUCUGUUUUGGCGCGCACAUUCGGAAGGUCCAAAGCAAUGAUGGUUGCAGACAGCCAUGUCAAGGCCAUCGAUUUCGUUGAGAGGGUCAUCGACGAGGAGAGAAUUAAAUGCGACUUCCGGAGGGUUGAUGGUUUCCUCUUUCCCGCCGACGACAAGGUUAGCUCGAUGCAGAAGCUGAGGAAGGAGUAUGAGGCCUGCCAGGCGCUUGGGCUGAAGAACACAGAGAUCGUCGAUCUGGGACAGCAGCCAGAAGUGGGACAGAUCGGUACCUGCUUGAAGUUCCCGGGAUGUGCCGAUUUCCAUCCGCUAAGAUAUCUCGAUGGGCUUGCGGAGGCCUUUGUUGCACAUGGAGGGCGGCUGUACGAGAAGAGUAGGGUCUGGAAGCAGAAGGGAAAUGCUGUGACAACGUCGGAUGGAUUCACAGUGGCGGCAAAGGCGGUGGUCUUGGCUACGAAUUCACCAAUCAAUCACAAUGUUGCCAUUCAUGCUCGACAGACGGCCUACAGAACCUAUGCUAUUGGAUUGGAAGUACCAAAAGGCUCUGUGAGGCGAGCACAGUUUUGGGACACAGCGCAGCCAUACCAUUAUGUCAGGUUGCAAACCAAGGGUGACACGGACGUUCUGAUUGUUGGUGGAGAGGACCACAGCACUGGGAUUAAGCCAAAACAGAUGAAGGAUGCAUGGGUCGACCUGGAGAUCUGGGCAAGGAAGCGAUGGGUGGUGGCUGGGGAUGUACUGUAUAAGUGGACGGGUCAGGUUUAUGAACCAGCGGAUUAUUUGGGGCUGUACGGUCCAGAUCCGUUGAACCCAUUCAGCACAGAAGGCACUUUCAUAUCCACAGGUAACAGCGGUCAGGGCAUGACAGGUGGCACCAUCUCUGCCAUGGUUAUCGGGGACAGAAUUUUGGGAAGGGUUAACCCAUGGGUGGAGCUGUACAACCCAAAACGUGCGAUUCCAGUUGGAAAACCAUGGGCAAGUGUCGGGGAGGAAGCAAAACACACAGUGGAUGGGUACCUUGAUUUAGUGCCUAUGAUGGGCACUGAUUUCAUGUCCAUUGAGGACGUGCCGCGUGGAUGCGGAGCUGUCAUACAAGACCACUUGAUGAAAGUGGCGGCUUAUCGCGAUGACAAGGGAAUGCUACAUCGGUUCUCGGCUGUGGUUGGACUGUCACAGUCGGUUACAGUGCGUGCCCGUGGCGUGGAGCUGUGUGUGCAGCUGUUGUUGGCAUGUUAUGAGGCCAUGACGUGGUGUUGAUGUCAACGGCUCAAAUGGUUCCGCAUGCGAUUUUUGAUUAGAGGAUGUGUGUGCGUUGAUUUGUAUUGGAUGUGGGUCAUUCUGGUCAUUGAGGACUGGCUGCUGACAGCGGCUGUAGUUGUGCGUAAACAGGGAUGGCCUGAGUUCUAAUUGAGCCGGAUGUAGAUGAGUGACAUACAACGACUCGGAAUUACCUAGUGGAGGUCAGUUUCAGUUUGAUGAUACUAAAAGGGGCUUUACCCGAUGCAGGCCUCAGGCCUUGCAAAAGAAAACUAACACGGGUCUUGAAAAAAGUAAAGCAUUGUGAAAAGG